AUGAUAAGCAGCUGGAUGCAGAAGCAGAUGAGUGAGCCAGGCCAGCAGUCAAUGGAUGCGGAUGCCCCGGAGAAGACAAGCGUGCUGGACAUUUCCAAGUUCAGCUCCGCUGACUUCCAAGAGAUCCUCAGGUCCAAAGAGAUGAGCGCCAAAGAGAGGUUCGGCCUGUGGCUUUUCGGGCACAAGUUCGGCAACACAGAGGAAACCAAGCUGCAACAGUGCCUGCAGAAGAUGAAGCAAGUCUUGCCAGAACUGGCGGAGAAGGACAGGGAUGGCAUGGAUCUUGAUGAGUUGCGGACCGAAUGGGCCAACAAGACUGACAUGACGACCCGGAUGAAGCUCGUGCGCAGGGUUGCGGCCAUGGCGGUCCUGAACCGCGCGCAGGGUGUUUCACAGUUUGGGCUUGCUGCUGUGAGCCUGGAGGAGUGUGGCCCAGUGCUCUGCGCUGGCGAGCUGCAGUACGAGCUGGAUGCUGAUGGCCUGCACAAGUGCACCUGGCAAUGCCCCGCAGGCCAGACGCCGGACACCUUCCAGAUGGUUGGGCUGGAUAUGGCGGGCGAGAAGAACAUGUCCUUGACAGAGGCAGAGGCAGCCGGGAAGCUUGCGCUGGAAGAGGCUGACAUGGACAGCUCUCAGUACUCGCACUCGAAGUCCUAUCAGAUGUGGAAGGGAUUGAGCUUCGACUUCUACACCGCAUAUGGGGAUGCACCCCUGAAGCUGCUCCAGAUGACAUCGGUGGCUGAGCUUGGGCCGCAGCUUCCGGUGUCCAUGCGCUAUCAUGGCACCUGCCGUGGUGAAAGAAGUUUCCGGGUGGCCGAGCGGGUGGUGUACACCGGCUCCGGUUCGCAGAUCCCGCACGGGGCGAUAGUGAAGAUUGAGCGGCUGCCGGGGGACACGCCCUUUUUGGCCACCUACCUGGGUGGCAGCGAACAUCUUGGAGCGGAGGAGUACGAGGUGAAGUAUUUGGGCCAGCGCGUGAUCGUCCCAGCUGCCGAUCUCAAGCAGGAAGGCCUGGCCAAAGUUGUGUUGGACCCAGGCCUGCAGAAGUGGAUGCAGAGCACGGGCGAUGCCAUCGAGGUGUCCAUGCCGGGACGCAGGGAUCCGAGCCGCCGCCAGCAGGACACCACCUUCUGGUUCCCCACCUCCAAGAAGGAGGACUGA